CUUUUUAUAAUUUUUUCUCGUGGAAGCCAAAAAAAAAAAAGCGAAACUUCGCUGGCGAUUGAAGAUUGCUGAGAAGACACGUCGUCUCUCUGAGAGAACUUUUUCUUUAUUUCUUCUGGUAUUUUCUCAUUCGUUCGGUGGUGAUUUGAUUAGAGAAGAAGAUUUCUAUUAUGGCGGAAGUGAUUAGCAAAACGAGUUUGUUCAUUGGAGCUUGUGGGAAUCAUCACCGUGUUGAUGAUUUCUCUGUUUCUCCUUUUAGUUUUGGUGGGUUUGGUCUCAAAAAGAGUUUCUCUUGUCUGAAGGUUAAGAAUCAAAAGCCUCUUAGAAGUGUUUUCCAUGGUAAACAGAUCGGUCUUGGAGAAGGUGCUCAAACCGAGAGCUUCAAAAGGAGCUCUUCUUCCAUCACAGCUCAGACGACUCUGAGGAUUGGGACAGCUCAGAAGUGGUGGGAAAAAGGUCUGAAAGAAAACAUGAGAGAGAUCUCUUCAGCUCAAGAACUCGUUGACUCUCUCACCAACGCUGGUGAUAAGCUUGUUGUUGUUGAUUUCUUCUCCCCUGGCUGUGGCGGCUGUAAGGCUCUUCAUCCUAAGAUAUGUCAGUUUGCAGAGAUGAACCCUGAUGUGCAGUUCCUUCAGGUGAAUUACGAGGAGCACAAGUCCAUGUGUUACAGCCUUGGUGUUCAUGUCCUCCCGUUUUUCAGAUUCUACCGAGGCUCUCAGGGUCGUGUUUGCAGCUUUAGCUGUACCAAUGCUACGAUCAAGAAAUUCAGAGAUGCAUUGGCAAAGCAUGGACCAGAUAGGUGCAGCCUUGGACCAACCAAAGGUCUUGAAGAGAAAGAGCUUGUGGCACUUGCUGCCAACAAAGAACUCAACUUUACUUACACACCAAAGCCUGUACCAGCUGAGAAAGAAGCUGCCACUCCUCAUUCAAACCCAAGUCUCCCUGUUCCUCUUCCGUCCAUGAGCAACAACGACGGAAAAACAUUGGUCUCCGCCGGGAGAUGAGAGCGAGCUGAUAAACAUUUCCCUGUACAGUUUGCGUGGUAGUAGUAGCGGUAGUAGCUGGAUAUAUUGCAGUACCUAAAGAUGUCAGUUCUAAGAGCAGCCAGCCGGUUUAGUGGGGUUGAGUUUUUUUCGGGUCCCUUGAGCAUAAUCGGCUAUUGGCAUCUGUGUUUUCUAGAGCAAAACCAGUUCCGAUGGUUACUCGAGUUUUGCUCAGCUCUUAUGGGAUUGAGAGCGGAAGUUCAUGCGCUUGUCUUCCACCUUCAAUCAGCUUCAGUAGUGUUUUGGUUUCUUUGUUUGUUUUUAUUUGCUUUAAAGUUUUUAGUGUAAAUAAAAAUAUCCAAUGAGGAUUAUCAUACAAUGUCGUGAAGCACUUCUAUGAAUUGGUAUCUUAUAUAGUAUGUAGUAUAUAUUAAGGUUUUUCUAAUGUGGUGCUUACUCUUACUUUGA